UCCUGAAUUGGAGGGUGCCGCACUUUUAGGUGAGGGUGGUGGACCAAGGGUUAAAACUGCAGAGAACAACAACGAAGUAAAAGAGCGCGGAUAGGCCAGUCCCUUGUCUAUCCAGUAAGGAUGGAGAACGCACACACAAAGACACCAGCAGAGUGUCUGGCUCACUUUGGGGUGAAUGAGAACAGUGGUCUCACUCCUGAUCAGUUCAAGAGGAACCUGGACAAGUAUGGCUUCAAUGAGCUGCCUGCUGAGGAGGGUAAGAGCAUCUGGGAGCUGAUCAUUGAGCAGUUUGAGGACUUGCUUGUCAGGAUCCUACUACUGGCUGCUUGCAUCUCUUUUGUGCUGGCCUGGUUUGAGGAAGGUGAAGAGACUGUCACUGCCUUCGUGGAACCCUUCGUCAUCCUCCUUAUCCUCAUUGCCAAUGCUGUUGUGGGAGUGUGGCAGAAUGUACACAAGUUCCAGUUACUGCCAGUGAUCUACCCAGACAUGGUUGCUCAAUUGGAAUAUUGGAAUACUUGGAUCAAGGCCAGAGUAAUUGUCCCUGGAGACAUUGUGGAGGUGUCUGUUGGUGACAAAGUCCCAGCUGACAUCAGGAUUGUUUCCAUCAAAUCCACUACCCUGCGUGUUGAUCAGUCCAUCCUUACUGGUGAGUCUGUCAGUGUGAUCAAGCACACUGAGCCUGUUCCCGACGCCAGAGCUGUCAACCAGGACAAGAAGAACAUGCUUUUCUCUGGUACCAACAUUGCUGCUGGCAAGGCCAUCGGUGUAGCUGUGGCUACCGGCGUCUCCACUGAGAUCGGCAAGAUUCGUGACCAGAUGGUUGCCACCGAGCAGGAGAAGACCCCUCUGCAGGCCAAGCUGGACGAAUUUGGCCAGCAGUUGUCCAAGGUUAUCUCCCUGAUUUGCGUUGCUGUCUGGGCUAUCAACAUUGGCCACUUCAACGACCCCGUCCAUGGAGGCUCAUGGAUCCGUGGUGCUGUCUAUUACUUCAAGAUUGCUGUUGCUCUGGCUGUGGCUGCCAUCCCUGAGGGUCUGCCCGCUGUCAUCACCACCUGCCUGGCCCUUGGUACUCGCCGUAUGGCCAAGAAGAACGCCAUUGUCAGAAGCCUGCCCUCUGUCGAGACUCUGGGCUGCACCUCUGUCAUCUGCUCUGACAAGACUGGCACCCUCACCACCAACCAGAUGUGUGUGACUAAGAUGUUUGUCGUCAAGGAUGUUGAAGGUGACCAUGUUGAGCUUGAUGCCUUUGAUAUCUCUGGCUCCAAGUAUACCCCUGAGGGCGAGGUCACUCAGGGAGGUGCCAAGACCAACUGCAGCAUAUAUGACGGCCUUGUUGAGCUGGCUACCAUCUGUUCCCUGUGCAACGACUCCUCUCUUGACUACAAUGAGUCCAAGAAGAUCUAUGAGAAGGUUGGUGAGGCUACCGAAACCGCCCUGUGCUGUCUGGUCGAGAAGAUGAAUGUGUUCAACACCAACGUGAAGCACCUGACCAGAAUUGAGAGAGCCAAUGCCUGCUGUUCUGUAAUCAAGCAGCUCAUGAGGAAGAAAUUCACUCUGGAGUUCUCCCGUGACAGGAAGUCCAUGUCUGUGUACUGCACCCCCACUAAGGGUGAAGGUGGUGCCAAGAUGUUUGUGAAGGGUGCCCCUGAGGGUGUGAUUGACAGGUGCUCAUAUGUGCGUGUUGGCACCUCCCGCGUGCCUCUGACCAAUGCCGUCAAGGAGAAAGUCUUGGCUGUCAUCAGAGAUUGGGGUACAGGUCGUGACACCCUGCGUUGCCUGGCCUUGGCCACCCGUGACAGCCCACCCAGGGUGGAGGACAUGAACCUCGAGGACUCAACCAAGUUUGUUGAUUAUGAGGUUGACCUGACCUUUGUUGGCUGCGUGGGUAUGCUGGAUCCCCCUCGCAAGGAGGUCACUGGCUCCAUUGAGCUGUGCAGAGAGGCUGGAAUCCGUGUCAUCAUGAUCACUGGUGACAACAAAGGAACUGCUAUUGCUAUCUGCCGUCGCAUUGGUAUCUUUGGUGAGGAUGAGGACGUUUCUGGCAAGGCCUACACCGGACGUGAGUUUGACGAUCUGCCCCUCCAAGAACAGGCCGAGGCCGUGCGCAGGGCAUGCUGCUUUGCCCGUGUGGAGCCAGCCCACAAGUCCAAGAUUGUGGAGUACCUGCAGGGUUAUGAUGACAUUACUGCUAUGACUGGUGAUGGUGUGAACGAUGCCCCCGCCCUGAAGAAGGCUGAGAUCGGCAUCGCCAUGGGCUCUGGCACUGCUGUUGCCAAGAGUGCCUCUGAGAUGGUCCUGGCUGACGACAACUUCUCUUCCAUUGUGGCUGCUGUUGAGGAGGGCAGAGCUAUUUACAACAACAUGAAGCAGUUCAUCCGCUACCUCAUCUCCUCCAAUGUCGGUGAGGUCGUCUGUAUCUUCCUGACGGCUGCUCUGGGUCUGCCCGAGGCUCUGAUCCCCGUCCAGCUGCUGUGGGUCAACCUGGUGACUGAUGGUUUGCCUGCCACUGCUCUGGGCUUCAACCCCCCUGAUCUGGACAUCAUGGGCAAGCCCCCACGUUCUCCCAAGGAGCCCCUGAUCUCUGGUUGGCUGUUCUUCAGAUACAUGACUAUCGGUGGAUACGUUGGUGCUGCCACUGUUGCUGGUGCUGCCUGGUGGUUUAUUUACGAUACUACUGGCCCUGGGGUCACCUACUAUCAGCUGUCACACUUCAUGCAGUGCCACGAUGAGAACGAGGACUUUGCCGGCAUCGAUUGUGAGAUCUUCGAGGCUUCUCCUCCCAUGACCAUGGCCCUGUCUGUUUUGGUCACCAUAGAGAUGUGCAAUGCUCUCAACAGCUUGUCUGAGAACCAGUCUUUGCUGCGCAUGCCCCCAUGGAGCAACUUCUGGCUGAUUGCUGCCAUGACUCUCUCCAUGUCCCUGCACUUCAUGAUCAUCUAUGUUGAUCCUCUGCCUCUGAUCUUCAAGUUGACCCAUCUGUCCGUUGAACAAUGGUUGAUGGUCCUGAAGCUUUCCCUCCCUGUCAUCGGCAUUGAUGAAGUGCUGAAAUUUGUCGCUCGCAACUAUGUUGAAACAGGUACAGAGAUUAAAUAGAGAUGUAAAAGAAGAGGAUCUUGACAUUUGGAGAUUCAAAGGCAGAGAAGCGAGAGAGGAAGAUCACAACCAAAGAGGGAAGCCAUAGCGAGCCAACCAAUAGAAGAGAGAGGAGAAAACAUAGAAAAACAUACAAAAAAAUAAAACAUCAAAAAAUAUACAAAAAUAGCCUCUAUAUAAGGAAGGAGAGUGAAUUAAAAUGAAGGGAAGUAUCCCUGCUGAUAAAAUAUUUAAGAUUUUAUUCUAAGAAAUAAAGUAUGUAUUAAAAGUAAUUUUUUGUUAAACUUGGAUAUUGUCAGCUGUUGAGUUUUUGUGUCCUCUGUUCAUUUUCAUAUUCCAGCUUGUUACUUUGAUUCUAGUUUUUGUUGCUCGUGUCUCAUGCAGCCUCCCUGAUUUAGCUGGGCUCUGUACAGUGUGGUGUAGGGUAGCAACCCAACGUCAUAUGGGCAGAACAACCACUUGCAUCCAGCUGCCAGCGCUCUCUAUAGGCUCCAUGCAGUCAGCGGGCUCCGUGGGAGUUCUCAUGACAUG